AGGGAUGUUGCUUUCGUCGUCUCUCCUGACGGACUCGUUUUCUGCUUCUUCGCUCCCCCUCUCUCGUCCCAUGACUUGCAUGCUGUGUGUGUCUGCGUUUGAGACUGGGCUUACCUUUCUCCAUUCUCCUUUGGAACCUCUGGGCGUUGCUUCUCCAAUUCGUUGGCGCCGGUGAGGUGUUGGUUGCGCGCGGGUUGGUGUACCAAGGUGCGGCUUCGAUCGGGGCAUUUGCGUCCCUGUGUUGGGCGUGCAUCUUGCAAUCGGUGGCGUGUUCAAGGUGAAAUAUAUUCACUCAUGACAUCAGACAAGAUUAUCCAAUCGAGGCGCAAAUAAUACUUUAUAUCAUCCUCAACAAUCUCAACAAGUUGCUCAAAUGGUUUCUCAAUAAAGGCAACGUGAGCAAGGAUGGAGGCUCGGAUUCGAAGAGUUGGUGGCGGUUUUCCCGGAUACGAAGGCCCUACGCUUCCGCGUGGUCUGCGGUCGCAGCGGGGGCGAUCAGGCGAUGCCGCGAAGGGGCAUGGCGUGAACCUGGCUCGCACUGGAGUGUUCGAACUGCUGGCGACGGUGGCAGGCCAGAUACUGCAAGACGCGAGAAGCGACGAUCCGAACGGCGCGAAGCAGGGUGAUGGCGAAGGCGCGAGGGGCAAGUCGCAGUCUGGGAUGGAUUCUCAGAUAUCAGGGCUGGACAGCGUGAAAGACUUCACGUCCGUGGACAAACCGCAGUCGAGUGGAAGCGGGAAUGCGUAUGCAGGGGGCGUGACGCAUGUGAGCUCGGUGGACGAGGUGUCUGUCGAGGGCAGCAACGAUGGUGAAAGCGCGAGCUGUGGGGCGCGGAGUCCAGCACAGGAAGAGGAUCGGGGGGCGUUUGUGAAGGAUGUGGCGGUGGACGAGGGCAGCGGAGCGGUUGUACAUACGAAGGGGUCGGCGAUGGAAGGCGUGGUGAUGGCGCCUGUGUGUGAUAGUGACAUGUCGAGUACGCAGGCUGGAGGCGAAGUGGGGUCGCCCCGCUGCGGUGUGAAGGAGAUGGUGCAAGUUUCGGGAACGUAUGGCGGAAGCAGAGAGGUGGAGCGGUAUUCUACGGAGGAGGUUGGCGCAGCUGCGACGAGCGAGGGGAUGGCGUGCGACACAGCAGCGGAGGAAAGGACGCACGCAGCGGUGGAGGUGGUGGGAGAAGAGAUGGUGGUGGUGGAAGCGGGCGUGGGCGUGAAGCAGGCGUCAUCGAAGUCGGAAGCGGUGGUGAGUGAGGCGCUGGUGUGCUCGAAGUCGAUGGAGGCAGAGGGGGUGUGCGGUCCGAUGGACGGAGGUGGUUGCGAGGGGUGGAAGAGGUCGGCGACGUCGGUUGCGGAGAUGCAGAUGCAGUGCAAGAUGUCGGAGAGCGAAGAGUACGGGGAGUCGGCGGAGGUGAUGGAGGAAGGCGAGGAAGGGAUGGAGGAUGACGAUGCGGGGAGCAUGGAGGUGGAGGUGGAGGUGGAGGAGAGGAAGGUGGUGGUGUCGGGGAAGAGCAAAGGGAGGGGGGGUUCGUGCGGGAGGUUGGCGGUGGCAAGUCCAGGGGUGGCGGAGUGCAAGAGCAGUCGGCCGAUGGUGAGGAGGGUGAUGAGCAGAGUGGAGGGGAAGUUUUACAAGAAGGAGCACGGGUAUGGGACGUCGCAGCGCGUUCACCCGGAGACAAUGACGACGAAGCUAGAAUCGUACAGCAGGAGCUUGAAGGUGCGGAGGGCCGUGAAGGUUGCGAAGCGCAACCACGUGGGCGGGACGAGGGCGAAACGGCAGCAUGCGGAGAUGGAGUCGACGGAUUCGGGGUGCAGCGAAGAUUGUGGAUACGGGAAGAAGUCGUACUUGGGCGGGAUGGGGGCAUACACUCGACAGCGGACGACGCGAGGAGCGGCGAACAAGAGGAGGAAGGUUGCGGAUGGUAGCCCCAAAACCGGUCCAGAUUUGCAUUUGAGCAGCAGUGAUUUGAUGGAGCUAGAAUACGAGUGUGUAGGUGGUGAGCCUCCUGCGGCUGCAGCCAAGAUACGCAGUGCAAAAGCAGCGAGCGUGGCGUCGUCGCCAACGUCGAGAUCGGCGAAAUUGGGUUCGAAGAAGUCAGCGGAGACACAUGUGAAGUUGAGCAUAAAGUCGUUCACGGUGCCGGAGCUGUUCGUGGAUCUGCCGGAGACGGCGAGCGUGGGGAGCCUGAAGAGAGCGGUGAUGGACGCAGCGAUGAACUUGCUGGGAGGUGGGCUUCGAGUCCGAGUGCUGAUGCAAGGGAAGAAGGUGCCGGACGAGGGCGCGACGCUGUCGCAGAUCGGCAUUUCGCGGGAGGCGAAGGCGGAGUCGGUGGGGUUCAUGUUGGAGCCGAGCCCCGUGGUGACGUCGAGCUGCGGGACGGGAGAGGAUCCUCUGCUGGUUUUGUCUCGAGCCGCGAAUCAGCCGGCGCCGAGGUACCCGGUGUACGGAGUAGGCGGGGUGUCGGGAAUGGGAGAUGGAAGCGUUCGGUGCGCGAUGAAGGGGCGGGCGAGCAAGUCGAGCGGGACGGUGGUGGACCCGGAUCCAUCGUACGUGCCGCCGUCGGCGUCGAGCGAGCAGGAAGGGUACGUGGAGGGGAGGCGAAGCGGGGUGGCGGUGUCGGUAAGCCCGGAGGAGUCGGUGAAAGGGUGCAACAAGCACGUGAGCGAGCGGAUGGCGAUCUCGGCUCAUCCGACGCGGGUGGCUGCAGCGGGGGCUCUGGCGGCGAUACGCGCACAGGCGGAUGCGAGCAGGCGUGCGCGGAACGAGGUGGAAUCGGGAUGCACGUCGCCAGAGAGUUGCGGGCAGGACUCGGCGGUGGGUGGAUCGGGGGCGAUCAUCUUGCAUCCCGGCGUGAGCGGGGGGGAGAACGUGGGCGGGAUGGCACUGGUGCCGCUGCGGAACAAGAUAGCUCGCGCUCUGGACAACGGGAAGCGACGAGUGCGGCGUCCUUUCAGCGUGCAGGAGGUGGAGGCUCUGGUGCACGCAGUGGAGAAGCUGGGGACGGGCAGGUGGCGGGAUGUGAAGUUGCGGGCAUUCGAGCAAGCGAAGCACAGGACGUACGUGGAUUUGAAGGACAAGUGGAAGACGUUGGUGCACACCGCUCGCAUCGCGCCUCAUCAGCGGAGAGGAGAACCGGUUCCUCCGGAUCUACUAGACCGGGUGACCCGCGCACAUGCGUUUUGGACUGCGCAUGCAGCGAAGCAGCAGGCAGAUCUGGACUCGUAGGUGGAAGGGCGAGGGGUGUGGGAGGAAGGCGGAGUGGGGCUGCGUGAGAGGAUGGGAUGGAAGGAAUGGCGUGGAGGGUGGGGGUGGAGGAUGUGCAGUGGGAGGCAACGGCGAGAUUGGUGGGCGUGGGGGAGGAGGGGGCGCGGGGGUGGGAUGUAAAUUGUAAAGAUGGAGGAGGUCAGGUGUGAAUUUCUAGGUUUGCGCGUGUACGAUCCAUUGAAAAGCGUUUAGGAGUAGGUUAAGCUGGGAGCAGCGGUUAUGUUCAUUCUUCGUAUGGCAAAGCCCAAUAAGGGACACGCGAGUCUGGAUGACUGGAGCGUGCGAAGGCGGGAUGCGCGCGGGGGGCGUGCGCAAGGUAGGAGAGGAGGUGGGCACGGUGACGGAUAAGAGACCGUGGGGGUGGUGUGUUGAGUAGGGGGGGGAGCAGGAGAUGUUGGACGGGGAGGAGCUCAGGCGCGGGAGUACAUAGUGAACGGCGGUUGGCAUUCGCAGCGUAGAUGGGUCCCCAAUUUGAUGCUGUUAAACUUGUACAUGGAUUGGCCCCGUAGGCGAGUAGCGUAGAGCGUAGGUUGUAUGUUUGGACAGUGUAGACACCGAAUUUGCCGACGUGACAAGACCGCACUGUAGCGUGGGAAGGGUCCACAUUAGGCGCAGUUGAGGACAGGUGGGAGAAGAGGGAGGUGGGUGGGAUCUGCGCAGUUUCUUGGCAGUUGUUGUACAGGGGUUGAACCUGAGUGAUAACUUAAAUCGAGCAAUCCGUUGGUGCGCUCAGUUCGCAGACGUUUGUGUUGGGCGUGUGAUGGUGAGUUGGUGUGGUAAUUGGGUGGAGUAUGGCGGAAGGUAGCAGGUUGAGACAGAGGAAUGGGUAAGAGAUGGUGUGUUGUGGAGUGUCGUGGAUUGGGGAGUGAUGUGUCUUUGUUUGGCACGAUCUAUGUCACUGGUGUCACGUAGAAUGUAAUGAACUCGUCAUGCAGCUGUGUGGUAGUAAUGUUGACUCUGUGUUCACGUGAACGAUUGGCAAGAUGACGGUUUUUCUUUCA